AAGUCGUAACUAGACAGUACUAGUGCUAGGGGUAGUGGUAUCUUGAAUUUCGACGACUACCAGUCUACAGUCUGCAUCGUAUAUCACACCCAACUACCUACGUGACUACGUCGCGUCUCUCGUUACCUCUCUAGUUCCCCCCACCCCUCGGGCAGUAGAAUCGUUUCUCGGCGCGUAUAUUUGGACGCGGGAGUCUUUGUAGAAGAGGUACAAGAGACUGAAAAUUUGGCGGAAAAUCGAUUGACAACGCUGGAAACCCUAAAGCACAGGGUUUAGGGUUUCUGAAUCCCGACAACUAUAAGCUCCACGAAUCUACUGCCGUACUUCCGCAGAAAUAUGAUAUCGAUUCUCUGGUUUAAUUACGUUUAUUUUACGUUUUUCUUAGGUAUCGUGUGGAACAUGAAGGAGAAGAAUGCUACUCCUGCUCUCAGGCGCGUUUUGGUUAAUUGUGCAACCCAGGCAAAGGAGUAUGGGAGUUGUGUUGCAGCAAAAGUUCCUGUAGUUGAACGUGAUAUGUGUCUGAAAGAGUUUCUUGCACUGAAGAAUUGCAUGCAAGACAUGCUACGAAGAAAGGUUUGAGCUCAUAUUUGAUCAUAUCGAGGCAUUUUCUGAACUUCUAGCAUCAUCUUAAGAGCUGAGAAAGUGUAUGUGGAGAAGGAGAUUUUUAUAUACUAAUCAAAGGAAAUUUGCAAUAUAAUCAUUUCGGGAUGAUGUGUCAUGACUAAGAUGAUUCCCUGAGUGCCAUAGUGGAUUAACCCUUUUUACGGUGGUUUGUAUUGCCACAUUUUACUCUAUAGGCUGAAAGGCAAAGAACAUUGGAAGAUGUCUGGACAAGCAUCAAGUUCACAGCUUAAUGUUUCUUUAAGUGGAUCCGGUGCUCUGUCGCAUGUUUAUAUUCAGUACCCACCUCUACAUUGCAGCAUUCCAGGAUCAGGGGGCUUAUAUUAUGAUGACGGGAAUAAGUUGCUGCUUUCCCCAAUGUCUAAUCAGGUUUUCUCAUGGAAAGUUGUUCCAUUUACCCCUCAUAAUGCUCCUCCAUCUGACCCAAUUAGUGAAGGACCCCUUUUAUCCAUUCGCUACUCUUUAGAUGAAAAAUAUAUAGCAAUCCAGCGAUCUAGCAUGGAGAUACAGAUUCGGUGCAAGGAAACUGGGGAAACUUUUAGCUAUAGUUGCAGGUCAGAGUUGGAGAGUAUUCUGGGAUUUUUUUGGACUGAUUGUCCAUCGUGUGAUAUUGUGAUUGUAAAGACCAGUGGGCUGGAAUUAUUUUCCUGUGAUUCUGAGUCAAAAUCUCUGCACUUAAUUGAGACAAGGCGUUUGAAUGUCAGUUGGUAUGCCUACACACAUGAAAGUCGCUUGGUUCUUCUUGCUUCAGGAAUGCAAUGCACAAAUUUCAAUGGAUUUCAACUUUCAGCAGCGGGGAUCGUUCGCUUGCCAAAAUUUGAGAUGGUCAUGGCUAAAACCGAGGCCAAUAGUAAACCUGUCCUAGCUGCCGAAGAUGUCUAUAUUGUGACUAUAUAUGGUCGAAUCUACUGCAUGCAAAUUGAUAGAGUGGCGAUGCUGCUCCACUCUUAUAGGUUUUACCGUGAUGCUGUUGUACAACAGGGUUCUUUCCCAAUAUACUCGAGCAAAAUUGCUGUGAGUGUGGUUGAUAAUGUGCUGCUUAUUCAUCAAGUGGAUGCGAAGGUUGUUAUACUAUACGAUGUAUUUUCAGAUUCCAGAGCACCCAUUUCAGCUCCACUUCCUUUGUUAUUGAGGGGUUUACCUUGGUCAAAUACUUCUCCCUCUACCAGCAGAGAGGGUGAAAGUUCUGUGGCCAAUAAUGUAAGCGAUCGUGAUUCGAUCAUUUAUGGAGAGGAGUGGACUUUUCUUGUUCCAGACCUCAUAUGUGAUGUCACUAAUAAGUUGUUGUGGAAGAUACAUUUAGACUUGGAGGCAAUUUCUGCGAGUAGCUCAGAAGUUCCUUCAGUAAUAGAAUUCUUGCAGCGGCGUAAGUCAGAAGCAAAUAAGGUUAAACAGUUGUGCUUCGCAAUAGUACGCUCUGUCAUUCUUGAAAGGAGACCAGUAUCAAUGGUUGCCAAGGCAAUACAUGUAUUAGUUAGCUCCUACUCCUAUUCAAUCAAAACGGGCUGCCAUCUUAAGGGAGUGAAAGUUGAGAAACCUUCACCAUCGGAUAGGGCACAUGCUAGUAGCCCAAGAUCUGGUACCAAUAUCUCCACUGGGGGAGUUGAUGAAUUGGGAAAAUCAAUGAAACAUGAAUCUAGUGCUGGACUGGGCAAUGAUUCACUGGAUAGACCGUUAAACUUCGCAUCGUCAGACUCGGAGGAUGGAGACUCAACUGAUCUUCCAAAAGUGGUCAAAGAGUACUCACCAAGUGCUGACGGUUCUUUUGUGGAUGUUCGACCAUUUUCUGCACAAUCUCAGCAGUUUGGAAUGGGUAACAACUCUUUGAACGCUAGCGUUUCUGAGCAGCUGGAGUCACAAGUUACUUCGCCAGCAAUUUCACCUGAUGAGAUGUAUAGCUUUGUGUUUGCUCCAGUUGAGGAGGAGAUGGUUGGAGAUUCAUCUUACUUGGUUACCAUAAUCGUGGAGUUCCUUAGUAGUGCAAAUGUGGAAAAGAUCAAAGUAGAUCCAAAUAUCUAUGUGUUGCUGAUACAACUCCUAGCCCGCAAUGAACGAUAUGCAGAACUCACAUUGUUUGUUGUGAACAAGAUUAUUGAACCCUCUAAAGAAGUUGCUAUGCAGCUUCUAGAGUCAGGUUGUCAGAAUCUCCAGACAAGGAAACUUGGCAUGGAUAUGCUCAGACAACUCUCACUACAUCACGACUAUGCAUCACAGUUGGUGCAAGAUGGAUAUUAUCUUGAAGCAUUGCGUUAUGCACGGAAGUUUAAGGUCAUAACGAUUCGGCCGUCAUUGUUUCUUGAAGCAGCGGUGGCUUCAAAUGAUUCAGAACAUCUUGCCGCAGUUAUGAGAUUCUUUACUGAUUUUGUUCCUGGUUUUAGGCAUACUUCGGAUCAUCAUGCCUACCACCAGAUUCUCAAUGAGAUGAAUUCAUCCGUUGCUUCUUGAUAACGGUAAUCAAUACAAAUUUCAUAGCUGCAGAAUGUUUAUAUAGAUGGACUUGAUCUUAGUAAUAGUAUAUUUAUUGUCAUGUAAAAGCAGAAUGGCCAUGUGGUUCUUGUUGUUCUACAAAUGUUGUGUUUCAUAAUUUUAUGUGCUAACAUUAAUUUAUCUCUGAAGUUCCCCGCCUUUUAAGAA